AUGGUAGUGAAUUUAGAUGAGGAGUUGGAUGAUAUACUAGCAGAGAGGAAAAAUGAGGUUUCAAGGUUAAGAUCUAAAUUUAGAAACAGGAUUCCCGUAAUUUGUAUACCUUCUCAUAACAAUCCAUUUAAAAUCGAAAGAUCAAAGUUCCUCGUACCAGUGAAUAUGAUGUACGGCGAAUUUAAAUACUUACUACAAAAACACUUAAAUUGCCAAUUAAUGGACGAUCCUCAUUAUUAUGGAAAAAACAGCACUGUAUACUUAUAUGUAAACAAUAAAAUACCCAAAAUGUCCACUCUUCUGGGUGAUUUAUUCAGAAAACACAAAUCCGAAGACGGAAUUUUGUAUAUGGUUUAUUCAAGUGAAAACACACUGGGAUAA